ACGAGGGGAGAAAAGGGGAGGGGAGGAGACCUAACCAAGACAUUUCAGUGCUGCAUGCAUAGUGAGGACAUCAAGAGCUGAUUCAAAAGCUUAUUUGUUUAAUCUUGAGGCAGUUGUUUUCCUAAACUAUUUCCUUAUAUGAAAAAACUUUUUGGUGUGAAGUUAUCAGCAAGUGAACCCGCCUUUUUGGGCUUUUAUAUUUUUGCUUUCAGCGACUUAAUAGGAGGCAGGCCUACAAUACCACCUUGUGUAAAGACAGGAAAAAGGAGAAUAGCCUGUAAAGCCAAAGGAAACAUAAAUACUCAAAGUACAAAACAGAACCAUAAAAUAAAUCGGUGAAGCAAAAUCACUUUAAAUAUCUAUAAAUUAUGUCUCGCUGGGGGCGGAAAAACGUCAAGAAGGCCCCCGAAGUAAUCAGGACAGUCACAGAGGGGCUGAAGUCACUGUAUCGUAAGAAGCUUCUUCCUAUUGAGGAGUAUUAUGGUUUCCAUGACUUUCACUCCCCAAGUCUGGAGGAUGCUGACUUUGACAACAAACCCAUGGUGCUCGUGGUUGGUCAGUACUCCACAGGAAAGACUACUUUCAUCAAAUACCUUCUGGAACAAGAGGUUCCUGGAAGCCGUGUGGGUCCAGAGCCUACUACAGACUGCUUUACUGCCAUCAUGCAUAAUGACAUGGAAGGAAUAAUCCCUGGAAAUGCACUUAUAGUGGACCCCAACAAGCCCUUCCGCAAACUCAACCCUUUUGGAAAUUCUUUUCUGAACAGAUUCCAGUGUGCACAGAUGCCCAACCAGGUUCUGGAGAGCAUCAGUAUCAUUGACACCCCUGGCAUCCUGUCGGGAGCUAAGCAGAGAGUGAGCCGAGGUGAGGCCAACACUAAAGGCUAUGACUUUCCAGCUGUCUUGCGUUGGUUUGCUGAACGAGUGGACCGAAUUAUUCUCCUUUUCGAUGCCCAUAAGCUGGAGAUUUCUGACGAGUUUUCAGAGGCCAUAAGUGCUUUGAAGGGCAAUGAGGACAAACUGCGUGUGGUGCUUAACAAGGCUGAUAUGGUUGGGACACAGCAGCUAAUGAGGGUAUAUGGUGCUCUUAUGUGGUCCCUGGGGAAAGUGUUCGGAACCCCAGAAGUGCUGAGAGUAUAUAUUGGCUCAUUCUGGUCUGAACCUCUCAUGGUCCCAGACAACCGAAAUUUAUUUGAAUUGGAAGAGGAAGAUCUUUUUGCUGAUAUUCAGAACCUGCCACGAAACGCAGCCCUUCGCAAGCUCAAUGAUCUGGUCAAGAGGGCCCGUCUAGUUAGGGUUCAUGCUCACAUAAUCAGUUACCUGAAGCAGGAGAUGCCUGCUGUCUUCAGGAAGGACAACAAGAAAAAGAAUUUGAUUUCCCAGCUGCCAGUCAUCUUCUCUAAGAUCCAGUUGCAGCAUCACAUUUCCCCUGGGGAUUUUCCUGACUGUGCCAAGAUGCAGGAACUACUUGGAGUUCAUGACUUUACCAAGUUUAAGUCCCUGAAACCCAACAUGAUGGCUUUGUUGGAUGAGCUGCUGUCCACUGACAUUGCCAAGCUGAUGCCUCUUCUCAGGCAGGAGGAGCUGGAAGCAGAAGGUCAACUUGGAGUCCAAGGUGGGGCUUUCUUAGGGACCCGAGCAGGACCAUUUGUGGAGGGUGAUCCCUUUGGUGAGAAAGGUGAGCAUGAAGGUGAGGAUGGAGAGGUAGAAGAAGACUGGAUUGUGACUAAGGAUAAGCCCAAGUAUGAUGAGAUCUUUUACAACCUUGCACCCAAUGAGGGAAAGCUGAGUGGCACUAAAGCCAAAGACUGGAUGGUGAGUACACGGCUGCCCAACUCUGUGCUGGGUCGCAUAUGGAAGUUGUCAGAUGUGGAUCGUGAUGGCAUGCUGGAUGAUGAGGAAUUUGCCCUGGCUAGCCACUUGAUUGAGGUGAAACUUGAAGGGCAUGGUCUGCCGCCUGAAUUACCUGCUCGCCUGGUGCCUCCUUCUAAACGCAGACAGAAAGGAUCUGAUGCCUAGACAAUACAAGCAGGCAAUGGUGUCUAUGAGAUUUUCCUGUCAGAAUGCAUAUUUAACAUAAUUAUUGGCAGCCAUAAAAAUGAGCAAAAAACAAAUGUAUCAAAACAUUCUAUACAACAAUGUUAAAAUCCCAUUCACAAAAAUAUUUCAUCUUUGAUCUGUUAAAAAAAAUUACAAAUUGUAUGCACCCAGAUUUCACUCCAAGACAUACGUCAGAAAGAGCUCACUCACAAAAAGGCUUCAUAAUGCAAAAAGUAUCAUAAGGAAAUCUAAAUGAAUAACCCUGAUCAUUGUUAGUAUGGGAGCAUACAUGACCAUGAUUGUAUGGGUAUAUGUGAUGCUACAUUGAGGGGAAGUGUAUAUGCCCAAACUUAAAAUAUUAAAAAGCCUCUGCACAUAUUUACAAGUGUAUCCAACCUUUCUGGACAUUACAAGAUUUUUGUUAUUCAAGCCAUGACAGAAUUUCUGGCAAUAUUUUUUGAACUAGUGUUAAUAUAGAGGGACAAUGUAUAGUUGUCUAGUGUUUUUUCCCCACCCUGCACAUACACAGUGUGUAUGUAGGGGGGGGGGGGUACACACACACACACACACACACAUAUAUAUAUACAUACACACACACGCGCUCUAGGGUGCCAAUAAUUAUGCAGGGCCUCAUGCCCUCAGAUCCUCCUAACUUAAUGAUAACGGAAGAUCUUCCUGAUAAGUAAACGCUUGAGAACAAACAUUGAGCUCUCUGGGGAGACUGGCAAACCUUAAUCUGUGAAUGGCAAUAUACAUUGAGGGAAAAAAACUGACUAGGGGUCUGCAUGGCUAUCAUCCUUGAAUCACAGCUACUGUACAUCUUUACCCACUGUCUGUGUCUUUGUCUCUGUUGCUAGAUACUAGUACACCAUUAGCUUUAAAAUAUAAAUGAAAUCAAAGUCUAGGUUAAUUAAGCCAACAUCCAUUUUAAAAGAGAAACUGGGUAUCUGUAAUAUACAUACAGCAGUUACCCAGGGGUGUAAUGGUAAAGAAUUUCAGGAGUUUUAAAUACAGUAUUAAAAAACAUUUGCUUAAAUCAUUGCAUACUAUGCAUAUUUCUGGUAAAUGUCUUAUUAUUGCCAUGCAUUUUAAAUAAUAUUAUGUUGUCUACUGUACAACACUUUUCUGAUUGCUUUAUAAUGGAUAUCAUUAUUAUAAAACCAAAUAAAUCGUGCUGAUUUUUGACCUUUCA